CUUCCUCCCUAUAAUUCGGAAUGUGGGUGAAAAGGGGUCAUAGUUCUCCCUGAGUGAGACUUGCCUGCUCCUCUGUCCCCUGGUCCUGUCCUGUUCUCCAGCAUGAUGUGUCUGAAGCUCCCUGGAGGCUCCUGCAUGGCAGCUCUGACAGUGACACUGAUGGUGCUGAGCUCCCCACUGGCUUUGGCUGGGGACACCCAACCACGUUUCUUGGAGCAGGCUAAGUGUGAGUGUCAUUUCUUCAACGGGACGGAGCGGGUGCGGUUCCUGGAGAGAUACUUCUAUAACCAAGAGGAGGUCGUGCGCUUCGACAGCGACGUGGGGGAGUACCGGGCGGUGACGGAGCUGGGGCGGCCUAGCGCCGAGCACCUGAACAGCCAGAAGGACAUCCUGGAGCAGAGGCGGGCCGAGGUGGACACCUACUGCAGACACAACUACGGGGUUGUGGAGAGCUUCACAGUGCAGCGGCGAGUCCCUCCUAAGGUGACUGUGUAUCCUGCGAAGACCCAGCCCCUGCAGCACCACAACCUCCUGGUCUGCUCUGUGAAUGGUUUCUAUCCAGGCAGCAUUGAAGUCAAGUGGUUCCGGAACGGCCAGGAAGAGAAGGCUGGGGUGGUGUCCACGGGCCUGAUCCAGAAUGGAGACUGGACCUUCCAGACCCUGGUGAUGCUGGAAACAGUUCCUAGGAGUGGAGAGGUUUACACCUGCCAAGUGGAGCACCCAAGCGUGAUGAGCCCUCUCGCAGUGGAAUGGAGAGUGCGGUCUGAAUCUGCACAGAGCAAGAUGCUGAGUGGAGUCGGGGGCUUUGUGCUGGGCCUGCUCUUCCUUGGGGCCGGGCUGUUCAUCUACUUCAGGAAUCAGAAAGGACACUCUGGACUUCAGCCAACAGGUAAUACCUUUUCAUCCUCUUUAAGAAACAGAUUUGGAGGCUAGGUGCGGUGGCUCACGCCUGUAAUCCCAGCACUUUGGGAGGCCGAGCAGGUGGAUCAUGAGGUCAAGAGUUCGAGACCAGCCUGACCAACGUGGUGAAACCCCGUCUCUACUAAAAAUACAAAAAUUAGCUGGGCAUGGUGGUGUGCGCCUGUAAUCCCAGCUACUCAGGAGGCUGAGGCAGGACAAUCGCUUGAACCUGGGAGGUGGAGGUUGCAGUGAGCCAAGAUUGCACCACUGCACUCCAGCCUAGGCGACAGAGUGAGACUCUGUCUCAAAAAAAGAAAGAAAGAAAGAAAGAGAGAGAGAAAGAAAGAAAGAAUGAAUGAAUUUCCUUUCCCUAGAAUGAUGGUAGAGGUGAUAAGGCAUGAGACAGAAGUAAUAGCAAAGACAUUGGAUCCAAAUUUCUGAUCAGGCAAUUUACACCAACACUCCUCCUCUCCACUUAGAAAAGGCCUGUGCUCUGCAGGAGUAUUGACUCAUGGAGACUUCAGAACUUGUUUUUCUUCUUCCUGCAGUGCUCUCAUCUGAGUCCUUGAAAGAGGGCAAAAUAAACUGUUAGUAGAGCCAGGUCUGAAAACAACACUUUCUUGCGUCUCUGCAGGAUUCCUGAGCUGAAGUGAAGAUGACCACAUUCAAGGAAGAACCUUCUGCCCCAGCUUUGCAGGAUGAAAAACUUCCCCGCUUGGCUCUCAUUCUUCCACAAGAGAGACCUUUCUCCGGACCUGGUUGCUACUGGUUCAGCAACUCUGCAGAAAAUGUCCUCCCUUGUGGCUGCCUCAGCUCGUGCCUUUGGCCUGAAGUCCCAGCAUUGAUGGCAGCCCCUCAUCUUCCAAGUUUUGUGCUCCCCUUUACCUUACGCUUCCUGCCUCCCAUGCAUCUGUACUCCCCCUGUGCCACAAACACAUUACAUUAUUAAAUGUUUCUCAAACAUGGAGUUAAAAA